ACGGAUGUACAGGACUAAGCGGCGGUCAUAUUUUGUACCGCUAUGCGGUACAUCUAGUUUUUUAAACGGUUUGUCCUGGUUUUCAUUGUUCUGUAUCUCCUGCCUGAAGGCAAGAGCUGAAAGUGACAGUGACCUGGGUGUGAAGGGUCCUUUGAAAUGUCUAUUGCCUUCUUACGGCAUCUGGAGGCGUAGAUCUCUUCUAGAGUGGGGAGGGGGCAGCCUAUGGUCCUCUCUGCUGCCCUGACGACCCUGUGAAGCACCUUCCUCUCUGAGGAUGUGCAGCUACCGUACCAAACACACAGUCCAUACGUGAGCACACUCUCUAUGGAGCAGUGAUAGAAGGCGAGAAGCAGAUAAUGGGGUAGACUGCUCUUCCUGAGAGUUCUCAGGAAGAACAGUCUCUGCUGCGCCUUCUUCAGUAGCUCCUUGGUGUUGGCGCACCAUGUCAGGUCGUCCUCCAGCUCAAUGCCCAGAAACCUGAACACCGGAACCCUCUCCAGACAGGCCCCACCGAUGAAGAGUGGUUGAAUGUCAAACUUGUUCUUUCUAAAGUCAAUGACCAGCUCCUUUGUUUUUGUGGUGUUGGGGAGCAGGUUGUUGAUUGAGCACCACUCUGCCAGCAGCUCCACCUCGUCCCUGUAUGCUAGCUCACCAACCUCUGAGAUGAGUCCAACUAUCGUUGUGUCAUCUGCGAACUUUACAAUCUUGUUGCUAAUGUGGUUGGGGGCACAGUCAUACGUAUAGAGAGUCUAGAGGAGCGGGCUAAGCACGCAGCCCUGUGGCGAGCCGGUGCUGAGGCUGAGAGCAGUGGAGAUGUUGGAACCCAACCUGACCCUCUGAGAGCGGCCUAUUAAAAAGUCCAAUAUUCAACUGCAGGUGGGUGAUGGGAGCCCAAGGUCCGCCAGCUUAGACACCAGACGUUGUGAAAGGAUGGGGUUGAACGCCGAGCUGAAGUCCACAAAGAGCAUUCUUACAUAGCUCCCUUGUUGUUCCAGGUGGGUCAGCGCGGCAUGAAGUGCUGUGGAAACAGCAUCCUCAGUGGAUCUCUUUGCUUUGUAAGCAAAUUGAAAGGGGUCCAGGUCAGCUGGCAGGCAGGAGAUGAUAUGACUCCGCACCAGUUUCUCAAAGUUAUACCAACAAAGAGGACCUGUAUUGCAUUAUAUACAUAUGGAAAGGCAGGGAGGUCCCGUGAAAUAGUCAUUCAACCCAAAAUAAAUGCACAAAUUGAAAUAAAUACUCUCCUUAACUUAAGUGGUCCUGACUGAGCUAUUAUAAUGUGUCUCAAACUGAUAUAGCCACUGAGUUAUGUAUAAAAAUGUAAUGUGUGAUGUGAUUUGUAAAAAAUGUAUAAUAGCAACUGAUGAAGAUGAAGGGAAAAAAUUGAAUGGAAAAGUGAAUGACAUCGAGAAAGAAGAGCAUCAGAAACUGAAACAGCAAAAUGAAGACCUACUGAAACAGCAUGAGGAGGAGAAGACUCUGAAAAAGGAGGUGGAGACUCUGAAUCAGAAGAUCACAGGGCUGCUGAGUCAACUGGAAGAGAAUAAGAGAGAAGUGGAGAGACUCAACCACCAGAUUAAAGGAAAAAUAGCAACUGAUGAAGAUGAAGGAAAAAAACUGGAGGGAAAAGUGAAUGACAUCAAGAAAGAGAAUCAGGAACUAAAGCAGCAAAAUAAAGACCUACUGAAGAAACAGAGUGAGGAGGAGAAGACUCUGAAAAAGGAGGUGGAGACUCUGAAUCAGAAGAUUACAGGGCUGCUGAGUCAACUGGAAGAGAAUAAGAGAGAAGUGGAGAGACUCAACCACCAGAUUAAAGCAAAUGAUGAAGAUAAAGAAAAAAAAACGGAGGGAAAACUGAAUGAGAAAACUGAAGAGAAUCAGGAACUGAAGCAGCUAAAUGAAGGUGCUUUUCCUCAGAAUCACGGACUAGUAAUCCAAGUAAAACCGUGGAAGACAGUGAAACGUCUUAAAGAAAUCCUCACCAUGGAUGAAGCCAGUGUAAAGGGCGACCUGGAAGUAGAUAGUUGGAGGAAAAGUGUGAAAUGCACUAAACUAAACAGAAAUGAAACACUAAACGCUAUGUCUACAUACAUUCUAUGUAAAGAGACCUUCAGUUCAGGACAACACUUCUGGGAGGUGAAUGUAAAUGAUAAACAAUCCUGGUUUGUAGGGGUUUGCAGUAACACACUGAGAGGACAGCAUGGAGUGUCUUUAACUCCUCAGAAUGGCUGCUGGCUUCUCUGUUAUGACAAACACCAGGGUCUCUUUGUUAACACUGAUCCGAAAAUUACUUCAGUCCAGGAGGAAAAUAAAUAUCAGUUUAAGAGGCUAGGAGUGUUUUUAGACUGUUGCAGGCAUUCUUUGACCUUUUAUGAUGGUGUUUCUCUGUCAUGCCUCUGCACUAUCUGUGAUGUGGGACCAACUCUCCCACUGGUUCCUGUGUUUAGCCCUGGAGUGAGAGACCUGUAUGAAGUGCAAAUUAUGAAUUGAAAUGAUCAGAUUGUGCAUUGAUUUCUAAGGUUCCUUCGAUUUUCAUAAAUGUAUGUAAUAUUCAGUUUUUUUGCCAUAAAAAAUAAAAAGGCAUCUUAGUAGCA